AUGCUAGGAAGACCAACUAAAGUAAGAAGUGGAAGAAAAGCCCCAAAGACAAAGAAUCAAGAAGUACUCAACCUGUUCAACUUGUUCAGCACCGUUGCCAGAAAAACAACGCACGCUGAGUACCAGAAGAUCGCACACUUCAUCCAGAAGCCCAGAACACAGAAGUCCAUUGUCACUCUCAAGAAUCUCGUAAAGUACACAGCACCCUGCUCCGACAAGCUGGCAGUUGUUGUAACAAAGAUAGUUGGCGAUGACACCGUGGUAGAGAUCCCUCACGCAAUAAAAGUGGCAUGCCUCAGCAUAUCGCAGAAAGCGAAGGAGAAAAUAGAGAAGUACGGUGGACAAGUGUACAAACUUGAUGAAAUAUUUAAGAUAGCUCCAACCCCAGACCAGAUGGUCAUCUUCCAGGGCCCCCAGAAGGCAAGAAAACAGUACAAGUACUUUGGAUCAGCUGGAGACGGACACAACCCAGCCAGACCGAGAGUUAUCUCCAAGGGAUCAGAAAAGAGAAAGAGAAGAAUACAAUAA